AUGGCAGUCAUUGGUUCUGGACCUGCCGGAUUCUAUACUGCAUACAAGGUAAUGUCGAAGAUUGAGAACUCGGUUGUGGAUAUGUAUGAGCAUCUGCCAGUCCCGUUCGGCUUGGUGAGGUUUGGGGUGGCCCCGGAUCAUCCUGAGGUGAAGAAUUGUCAAGAUAAAUUCGAAGAAGUGGCCGAGUCUCCGAGAUUCAAUUUUGUGGGCAAUAUAUCAAUUGGAGAUGAUGUUGGCGCGUUGCCUCUGCGAUCGCUUCUUCCACAUUACGAUGCUAUACUUUUCGCUUAUGGGGCAUCUCGAGACAGAACGUUAGGCAUACCUGGGGAAGACACAUUGAAGGGCAUAUACUCAGCUCGAGCCUUUGUUGGAUGGUAUAAUGGCCUGCCAGAGUAUUCAGAUCUAGCUCCAGAUCUGACUCUGGGCGAAGAAGCUGUGGUUGUUGGUCAGGGAAAUGUUGCAUUAGAUGUUACCCGGAUACUAUUGCAAGAUACAAGCGUUCUGAAGUCAACUGAUAUUACCGAGAAUGCAAUUGAAACUCUGCAGAAGAGUAAGGUGAGGAGAGUUAGGGUCGUUGGACGUAGAGGACCUAUGCAGGCCGCAUUUACAAUCAAAGAGAUACGAGAACUUAUGAAUCUCCCAUCAGUCGAAUUUGAACCUGUCAAUGGGUCCUUAAUACCGGAAGAUCUCAAGGGUCUACCUCGGCCAUCACGACGAAUCAUGGAGGUUAUCAAAAAGGGUUCAAAAGCCACAGAACCUACCAAGAAAUGGUCAUUAGACUUCUGUCUCUCCCCCAAAGCCUUCGAUGCAAGUCCUACUAUCCAUUCUCAAUUGGGUAGCGUCUCAUUCGAAAAGACCACUCUCAAUCCAGACCCUUUCGAUCCCAACGCGAGAGCAAUAGGCACUAGCCAAAUGGUGGAUAUUUCUUCCUCGCUAGCUUUCCGUUCAAUAGGAUACAAAUCGGAGCCUCUUGCAGAAUUCUCAGAGUUGAACAUCCCUUUCAAUGACAAAUCUGGUACCAUACCCAACGACCAUCUAGGGCGUGUUGUGAAUGAAGACGGUUUGGUCACGCCUCUGAAGGGCAUGUAUUGUGCUGGUUGGGUAAAGCGAGGUCCUACUGGAGUUAUUGCUAGUACUAUGGCAGAUGCUUUCCAAACAGCGGAUUCGGUUGCCGAAGACUGGCACUCUCAUGCUGCAUUCCUCAACUCCGUGGACAAUGAAGCUCUCGGAUGGGAUGGUGUCAAGCAAGAGGCUGAAAAGAAAGGGUUGAGGAGGGUAAGCUGGCAAGAUUGGAAGAGGAUAGAUGCCGAAGAGAGACGGAGAGGUAGUGCCCAAGGGAAGGAACGAGAGAAGUUCACCAAAGUGGAAGACAUGCUUGCUGUCCUCGACUAA